UCCGAGCGCCCUCUGUCGCGCAGCUGCCUUAAGGGCUCGGGAAGGAGCGCGGAGGCCGCGACCUCACCUCAGCGAAGCGCUCCGCUCCCUCCUUUCCUUCCCGCCCCGAGGCCUGCUCGGGAACUGCAGCUCCCAGAGGCCUUUGCGGCAGCUCCAUCGCGCUCCGCUCCGCCCGGGUUCAGCGCGGUGCAUGGUGGGACGGCAGUUCCAAAAUGGACCAUCACCACCACCACCACCGGGAUGCUCCGGGGAAGGCCAGUCGGUGGUUUGGGGUCGCGCAGUCGAAAUCGGCCAAGACGACGGCGAAUAUCCUGCAGCAAGAGGAGCUGAUAGCGCAGAAAAAGAGAGAGAUCGAGGCCCGGCUGGAGCAGCAGGCCCGGCAGAGCACGCUGAGCCUGCAGCAGCUGCCGCUGCUCGGAGAAGAUGAUGGGACUGAAAACGAAGCCUCUGUUUCCAACAAGUUUGUCAAUGAUGGCAGUUUCCUCCAGCAGUUUCUCAAGCUGCAGAAGGAAAAGUCGAGUACUGAACCUCCCCCAAGUUCUACUAAUAACUCGGCAAACGCUGCUGCACCAAAUGUUGGGAAGAAACCUUUGCUGUUUGGGAAGCGCCCCGGUCAGGUCCUGAGCAGCAUGCUGCAGCAAGCGAAGAACUACUCCCAUUCCAAACAGACCCCAGUCGUUAACCGCCUCAGUGUGUUUCAGUCGCCAGAUGAAGAUGAGGAGGAAGAUUAUGAGCAGUGGUUGGAAAUCAAAGUUUUACCCCCAGAGGAUGCGGAGACCCGGCAGGUGGUGGAAAAGCUGGCUAGGUUCGUGGCUGAAGGGGGACCAGAGUUAGAGAAGGUCGCUAUGGAAGACUACAAGGAUAACCCAGCGUUUUCGUUUUUACAUGAUAAGAACAGCAGAGAAUUCCUUUACUACAGAAAGAAAGUGGCAGAGAUAAGAAAAGAGAAUCAAAGUUCUCAGGCAUCCUCUUCUCAGAAAGUUUCACCCCCAGAGGAUGAAGAGACAAAGAACUUUGCUGAGAAACUCGCCCGGUUCAUAGCAGACGGGGGUCCUGAGGUGGAAGCAAUUGCCUUGCAGAACAACCGUGAGAACCACGCUUUCAGGUUUUUAUAUGAGCCAAACAGCAAAGGCUACAAAUACUACCGGCAGAAACUGGAGGAGUUCCGUAAGGCCAAAACCAGUGCUGCAAGUGCUGCAAGUGCUGCAAGCGCUCCCGUGCCUGCAGAGCCCAGUCUGAAAAGGAAGACCAGCCCUGAGGCGUCUCCAUCCCCCCUGUGCUUAUCGUCCCUGCCGUUACCUGCACCCACCACACCUUUGCCUUUGCCCUUACCCCUCCCUGUGCCCUCACCUUUGCCCUUGCCCGUCCCCUCGCCCUUACCUGUGCCCUUAACCAUCCCCACACCGUUGCCCUCACCUUCACCAUCAUCCUCUUCAACUCCACCUAAUCAGACGGCUACGGCUACUGCUGCGACAACGGCUGCAGCUGCAGCAGGCACCACUAAAAAGAAGAGGAAGAGCAGGUGGGGGCCGGAGGAAGACAAGGUUGAACUGCCCCUACCACAGCUCAUCCAGCAGCUGGAUUCUCCCUCCCCUCUGUCAGUUCAGGACCUCAAGGGCCUCGGUUACGAAAAAGGGAAACCAGUUGGUUUGGUGGGGGUGACGGAGCUCUCUGAAGCCCAGAAGAAACAGCUGAAGGAGCAGCAGGAGAUGCAGCAGAUGUAUGACAUGAUUAUGAAGCACAAGCAAGCCAUGCAGGAAAUGCAGAUGAUGUGGGAAAAGGCAAUUCAGCAGCACCAGCACGGCUACGACAGCGAUGAAGAAGUGGACAGUGAGCUGGGAACGUGGGAGCACCAGCUGCGACGCAUGGAGAUGGACAAGACCCGAGAGUGGGCUGAGCAGCUCACCCAGAUGGGCAGAGGGAAGCAUUUCAUUGGAGACUUCCUUCCACCAGACGAGCUGGAAAAAUUCAUGGAGACAUUCAAGGCUCUGAAGGAAGGACGUGAACCAGAUUAUUCUGAGUACAAAGAGUUCAAACUGACUGUGGAAAACAUAGGUUAUCAAAUGCUGAUGAAGAUGGGCUGGAAGGAAGGCGAGGGGCUCGGUUCGGAUGGACAGGGGAUUAAAAACCCAGUCAGCAAGGGGACCACUGCUGUGGAUGGUGCUGGCUUCGGCAUCGACCGUCCUGCAGAGCUGACCAAGGAGGACGAUGAGUACGAGGCGUUCCGUAAGCGCAUGAUGCUCGCCUACCGCUUCCGACCCAACCCUCUGAACAACCCACGGCGACCUUACUACUGAGAAUGUUUUUGGGACGGCGUGUUUGCCAAACAGUUGUCAUUUUUUUACUGUGAAAAUGUUACGGAAUCGCAUUAUCAUUCUCUUCUUUGCUGAUGUUGACGACUUGCUGAGGUCACGAUGCCGUCUCUCAGCCGGGAGAAAGGCUGCAGGCCCGCUCACCACGCGCUUCGGUGCCGCCAUGGCCGUUGUGAGGAGGCCUGGGUGGCAUCCAGAGGAGCGGGUGAGGAUGGAGACGUGAACGCAGUGCCCUGCUGAGGGCCAGGGCAGCUCCAAAGAUCCCCGCAGCAUCAGGGGCUCCGCUCCGAUCUCGCUCAGCGUUGUGUUACUGACAAAGAACG